AUGUUACGACAAGGACACCUCAAAGAGUUGCUGAGCGACCAGGGAAGGACCAACUUUGGCAGAGGACGCGAACAAUACCAAGGACCGCCGAAACCGCCCUCACCAGCUUGUACUAUCCACAUGAUCAUCGGUGGCAGUGACGAUGCCUCCAUCAACAUCAUGAAAUUCACCACUACCCACAAGCUCAAAUGGUCGAUCACCCGUGAACGGCAUGACGAACUCGAAGAGAGUAUCAUCUUCGAUAAGUCAGAUACCAACUGUUUGACUUUUCCUCACAAUGAUGCCCUCGUUAUUACUUUACGAAUUUUAGAUAUCGAUGUGAGACGCAUUAUGGUAGAUGAUGGGAGCGGUGCGUGCAUUAUCCAUCCUCGAGUAUUUGCACAAAUGAAACUCGAAGAUAAAAUAGUAUCACGUUGCAUCACGCUAACUGGUUUUAACAGCACAGUUGAGCGAACAUUUGGAGAAAUCACACUCCCCGUUAUGGCCGGUGGCGUCACUUUGGAAACCACAUUCCACAUCAUGGACCAAGACACAACGUACAACGCCGUAGUAGGGCGACCAUGGAUACACACCAUGAGAGUUGGCCCUCACAGCUUAUACCAGGUCAUCAAGUUCUCGACUCCGUGGGAAUAUUCAGUAUACGAUGGGAACAACGCAUAUCCACGGAAUGUUACCGCAUCACCCUAG